AUGGCUGAACACGAAAGCCUGGAGUUCGGGAAAGCUGACUUUGUUCUUUUGGACAAUGUUUCUAUGGAUGAGUUCAUGGGGAACCUCAAACUCAGGUUUGAGAAGGGCAGGAUCUACACCUACAUUGGAGAGGUGGUUGUGUCUGUUAACCCUUAUCGUGCCAUGAACAUCUACGGCCGCGAAAUCGUAGAGCAGUACAAAGGUCGAGAGCUGUACGAGCGGCCGCCACACCUGUUUGCCAUUGCUGAUGCUGCGUACAAAGCCAUGAAGAGGAGAAACAAAGACACUUGUAUUGUCAUCUCAGGGGAAAGUGGAGCAGGGAAAACAGAGGCCAGCAAGUACAUCAUGCAAUACAUCGCUGCUAUCACUAAUCCUAAUCAAAGGGCUGAAGUCGAAAGGGUAAAAAAUAUGCUGCUUAAAUCCAAUUGCGUCCUGGAGGCCUUUGGAAACGCCAAGACCAACCGUAAUGACAACUCCAGCCGCUUUGGCAAAUAUAUGGACAUAAACUUUGAUUUCAAAGGUGAUCCAAUUGGAGGACACAUCAGUAACUACCUGCUGGAGAAGUCCAGAGUCAUUUUCCAACAAGAAGGAGAGAGGAGCUUCCAUUCUUUCUAUCAGUUACUCAGAGGUGCUCCAGAAUCCUUACUCCGAUCUAUACACAUCCAGAAAGACCCAAAAGCUUACAAUUACGUCAAAGUCGGGGGCCAGAUAAAGUCGGGCAUCAACGAUAACGCAGACUUCAAAGCCGUGGCCGAUGCCAUGAAAGUGAUCGGCUUCACAGGGGACGAGAUCCAGACGGUUUAUAAGAUCCUGGCCACCAUCCUGCAUCUGGGAAACCUCACCUUUGGAACGGACGGGGACGUGACGCUGAUCGAGAACUCGAAGGUGGUGUCUGUUCUCAAAGAUCUCCUCUCCACCAAAGAAGAGAACGUAGAAAAGUCCCUUCUUUAUCGCACUGUGGCCACUGGACGUGAUGUCAUUGAGAAGCAGCACACAGUACAAGAGGCCAGCUACGGACGGGAUGCUCUGGCCAAGGCCAUGUACGAGCGUAUGUUUUGUUGGAUUGUGAGUCGAAUCAACGACAUCAUUGAAGUAAAAAACUAUGACGCUAAUAUCCAUGGGAAGAACACAGUGAUCGGGGUGCUGGACAUAUACGGCUUCGAAAUCUUCCAAAACAACAGUUUUGAGCAGUUCUGUAUAAACUACUGCAAUGAGAAGCUGCAGCAGUUGUUCAUCCAGCUGGUGCUGAAGCAGGAGCAGGAGGAGUAUCAACGAGAGGGAAUCCCAUGGAAACAUAUCGAUUACUUCAACAAUCAGAUCAUCGUGGAUUUGGUGGAGCAGCAGCACAAAGGGAUGAUCUCAAUCCUGGACGAGGCCUGCAUGAAUGUGGGGAAAGUCACAGACGAGGUUUUCCUUCAAGGACUCAACGGAAAACUGGCUAAACACGCCCACUACACCAGCCGUAAGUUGGCACCAACUGACAAGACGUUGGAGUUUGACAGAGAUUUCCGCAUCAGGCAUUAUGCUGGAGAUGUCGUGUACUCAGUGGUUGGUUUUAUUGAUAAGAACAAAGACACUUUGUUCCAGGACUUCAAGAGGCUGCUCUAUAACAGUUCCAACCCUGUGCUGAGGGGGAUGUGGCCGGAGGGUAAGCUGCGCAUCACGGAGGUCACGAAGCGGCCUCUGACAGCAGCAACACUCUUCAAAAACUCCAUGAUCUCACUGGUGGAGAACCUGGCCUGUAAGGAGCCCUAUUAUGUGCGCUGUAUCAAGCCAAACGAUGUGAAGUCUCCGCUGUUGUUCGAGCACCAGCGCUGCCAGCACCAGGUGGAGUACCUGGGGCUGCUGGAGAACGUCCGCGUGCGAAGAGCCGGCUUUGCAUAUCGCCAGACGUACCCUCGCUUCCUGCAGAGAUACAAGAUGAUCUCAGAGUUCACUUGGCCGAACCACUCCCUGGGUUCAGACAAAGCCGCAGUGAAGAGUCUGCUGAAGUCCUGCGGUUUCGAGCACGACGUCGCCUACGGUAACACCAAAGUCUUCAUCCGGACUCCGCGGACUUUGUUCAGCCUGGAGGAGCAGCGCGCAGAGAUGGUCAAGAGGAUCGUCCUGUUUCUGCAGAAGGUAUGGAGGGGAACUCUUGCCAGAAUGCGAUACCGGCGGAUGAGAGCGGCCCUGAUAAUCCUCCGAGCCUACAGACGCUAUAAAGUGAAGUCGUACAUAAAGGAGGUGAACCGACGCUUCAAAAAUAUCAAAAACAUGAAGGACUAUGGACGACGCGUGAAGUGGCCCACUCCCCCAAAAGUACUGCGCAAGUUUGAAGAAGCCUUGAGGAGCAUCUACAACAGGUGGUGGGCAUGGACACUGAUCAAAAGCCUUUCACCAGAGCAGACGCUGCAGGUGAGGGCGAAAGUGGCAGGAUUUGAAGCACUCAAGGGCCACAGGACGGAUUUGGGACUCCAGCGGGCCUGGGAGGGGAACUACCUGAAGCGAGACAGCCCUGGUACGGCUUCAUCGUUCACUUUGGUCUCCAGCGAACUGCAACGAAGAGACAAGUUUAUGAGAGUUCUGUUCUCCUGUAACGUUCGAAAGAUCAACCGUUUUAACAAAGCCGAAGACCGGACAGUGCUCAUCACCGACCGCCACCUCUACAAGAUGGACCCCCUGAAGCAGUACAAGCCCAUGAAAAGCAUUCCCUUAUACAACGUGACAGGAGUGAGCGUGUCCCCAGGGAAGGACCAGCUGGUGGUCUUUCACACCAAGGACAGCCGAGACCUGGUGGUGUGUCUGCAGGGCCUGGUUCCUCCCAACGAGAGCCGCAUUGGGGAGCUGGUCGGCACCCUGCUCAGCCAUUUUAAGAGCGAGAAGAGGAAGCUUCAGGUCAACGUGGCCAGCCCCAUCCAGUGCAGCAUGAACGGGCGAAAGUGCACCAUCAUCGUGGAAGCCAAAAUCAACCAAUCACAGCCCGACUUCACCAAGAGCCGCGCCGGGUACAUACUGUCCGUGCCUGGGAACUAA